CUUAUCACUUCUUCGACCACGAACUUUUAUAAGGAGUCACUACAGCUGAAAUAUCAUUAUACAAGAUGGCUCUCAUUGAGAUCAUACAGUAUAAUGCGAAACCAUCACUCGAUUCCCACGCGCUACGAACAACAAUCAACGAUACGAUUCAGAAUGCUGCCAUUGCGCUCAAAGGAGUAAAAAUCCCCCAGUACUUCGCUCUUGGCACACAGGUUCAGGACAAGCGCAGCGUUCAGAUUACAUCAGAAUGGGAUGGUAUUCAAAACUACGCAAACCUUGAAGCUACUUUGGAAUAUAGUUCCUUCACAGAUAGUGUGUGCAAUUCCUGUGGCAAGCCAGACGACAUUUUCCACGUCGUCCUCAGCCGCCCGGCAUUCGGCUCAGACGGGCCUGUUGCAGCUCCUGUCGUGGAAUUCGUACAGAGCUACUUCCCAGCAUCUCGCGUCACGCCAGAGUUCCAGAGGAGAAUCGAAGAGGACUUUGCGCGAUUUGACAAGAUCUACAAGAAGGGUGUGAAGGGAGAUCUCGGCUUGUCGUCUGGUUGGGUUCUGGAAGAGCAAGAGCAUGAAAACAUUGAAGAUGAGAAGGCGAAGUGUUUUAUUAUUGCGAGGGGUUGGGAAAGUAUGGAUUGUUUCGAGCAAUCUGUGCAGAAUGAUGCGUAUAAGGAGGCGAUUCCAAUACUUUUCGCAUGGAACGCACCGUGGAAAAUGUGGCACGUCGAGCGCAAACUCCUAGCCGGCAUCGAGGUUGCUGCAUGAUGGAAGGUGGCUUUUCAGCGCCUAUUUUACUAAGUAGUCACCUCCUGAGGCGCGGAG